AUGACCAUCACCGAUAAGAAAUCAGCUCAGACGGUCCUCCUCAUCGGCUCACCUCGCUCGAUUAAAGACGGAACCUACACCGAACUCAUCACCCGCUUCGACAAUCAAGGCCCUUCGACACUGGUCGAAAAACAGCUCUGUGACCGGAUUUCUGACGGUGCUACAAGCUUAUCUCAGUCCCACUUCGAUGCCAUCCAUCUCGUUAUCGACGCGAAUGAUUUAUCCUUAGCCAAUUCAUCGCACUCUCCAGCAAGUUUCCUCGACUUGAUCGUCACCUCGCUCAAGCAUCUCGGCCAGCUGACAUGGUCAACUCAAUCGGACUCAAGUGACAUCGAAUCUGCACUCAAACAGUCCUCUUUGCUCAAUGACGUUCAGGUCGUUUCUGGUGCAGAUGGAUCCCAGCUCGUCAGGGCAACCAAGUCUGCUCCCUCUACUUCCAACUCGGUGACGAUCAACCUGCCAAAAAAGACAACAAAAGCAUCCCUAUGGUCUUUCACGGCUGCCCCGACCGAAAUGAUUGACGAUUCAAGUCUGCUGACGGAAGAAGAUAUGAAAAAGCCAAAUACCACGCCUGCCGAAGAAUGUAACCCGAAAAAGGCCAAGAAGGCCUGCAAGAACUGCACCUGUGGAUUGCGCGAGCUAGAGUUAGCUCAAGACGACGAUCUCCCGGCUCAUCUAAAAGCUCCCGGUUCAAACCUCCCCUCCCAGCCGACUGACCCCUCAAAGCUGGUAGUCAAUGGAUCCGCGAAAACCUUCACCAGCAGCUGUGGGAGCUGCUAUCUCGGAGACGCUUUUCGGUGCUCUAGCUGUCCUUAUCUCGGCAUGCCCGCAUUCGAACCCGGCCAGCAAGUAAAGCUGACAGCGGAAAUGGGGGAUGACAUCCAGAUUUAA